AUGGCACUUCGUCCAGAGAGCGUCGAGGACUGGUUCCACUUCGUGCCGACGUUGCUCGAGAAUGAGGGUUGGCAGAUUGCCUGCGAAUGCCCCGCUGGCAGGUUGCUGCACCGAAAGAGUCCAUGGGGUGGGCAUCUCAUAAGGUUCUCAUUGAGGGACAUCCUCGUUGACGAGCCGCCUGCAGACCCCUCUCAUCUCUUCGUUCGACCAGAAGUCCGUGACUGGGCAAGGCGCAGUUACCCAGACCUCAAUGAGGAGUCCUUCGAAGUGGUGCAGCAACUGGCCCCUGGUGACGCCGUGGUGAAGCAGCAACUGGCCUGGAGGUUCAAUCGCCAGUGCAGUCUCUUUUUCUGCACGCUCAGUGGGAAGGCCAUCAGCACUAACAACAUGCUCUUUCAGACAAAUUCGGAGAGCCCUGGCCAAGUGCGCCAGAUGGUUCGGAGAAACUAUCCGCAACCAGGUGACAGUGUCAUCCUGGUGCAAUGUCUCUCCGCUCUCCUCGAAGCUGUCGUCGUUGCGCGCCCACAAAGUCCAAACACCUUUGCACUAGACAUGGUCUUGAAAGUGCCUUCAGUCCUACCAUUGUGGGCAUCUAUGCACUUCGAGAAGCUGCUUGUGUCAGCAAGGGACCUCACAGAGUGGUUCGUAAACCGACCCGGCAUCACGGAAAUGCGCCAGCACGACCAGCAGUACUACGUCAUCCUCACCAUUCAAAGCUGGCGGCGGGGCCGACCCCUCCUUCCCGCCACAGCGGCAGAAGUGGCGGCGGGGCAGGAUGUGACCACAAUUGAUGCCGGCAAACGAGAUGGGCUGACAUCAUGGGUCCGAUAUCAUCCUGCAAUGGCUGGCAGCAACGGCUUCGUGCUUUCGGAGUAUCUCUCCGUGUUCGUGACGAGGAUCGGAGAGCACGCGACCUUCUACCAGUCACUCGAUGGGCAGGAGCUGCUGCCGUACCAGUGUGCCAUUCGACGGGAUGAUUGGGAUCGAGUGCGAGGACGGUUUCAGUGCGCUUACGCUCUGCAAAAGUCGGCAUACCGUCGCUCGCGGGGCGGAGCGGCGGCCCCAAGUGUGCAAGACUCCAUGGGCCCGCGAUUUAAAGACGACCAUAGUCUUGACGUCUUGCAGCAAAGACUGAACGAGGUAGCCGAGAUGAAGACCGUGGUGCGCAAGACCUUCAUCGAUGUGGACGAGCCUUCCGAGUUCGAAAGUGAAUCUGGCCAGCAAAGAUGCAGGACACUUUCGCCUGUGAGCCAUUUGCGUGGCCAAGACCUUGUUGAUGUGUUGAACUUGGACCCAGACAGUCCCAACAUGAACACGCUGUCCUUGUACAGAGAUGGCCAGCGCCUUGCGGACCCUCAGAUGCUGCCCGAGAGCCUGCAGGGAAAGGCGCGGUCCUGUGCGCCAGCCCCACAUCCCUAA